AUGACCGAGUUUUGCUACAUACUCGACGCCAGCUCACUUGAGAAGGGUAUCGGAAACAUCAAACGCUGGUGCGAGCCCGCUACCAAUGCGCGCGAUGUGCAUCUCAGCUUGUACAUUCCAUCGUUCACGCUCCAGGAACUGGAUUUCCUGCGCUAUCGGAGAAACAGCGCGACCGCGCGUGAGUCACUGCGGUUCCUUGACCAGACAGACGCCAGCGACCGCGUCGACGUGAUCAUCGAGUUCACAGAUCUACUGGAUGCGAUUCCUUGGUCCGACGUUCUGGAGCACCAGGUCCUUGAUGUGCCCGAAUUGGAUGCGCGCAGUGGGAACGGGCCCGCCUCGCGCCCACUGCCUCGCCGUUUUAAGAAUCUGCUCAAGAGCUGCGUUUACAAGUGCCACCUCGAGGGCAGCAACCAAAAGUCAUGGACCCUUGUCACCGAGGACCCCACCGUGUGCCGUCUGGCACACGCGUUUCAAAUUCCAGUGUGCUCACUGGUGGAAGCUGAUAAUUGUGUCUCUAAGAGCGUCGACAGACGCUCUUUUGAACAGAGCGUUCGCUUCAACAAGAACUUGAAGCGCAGAACUGUAAAGGAAAUCUCUGAUGGGAAAGAGGUUUACAAGGCCAAGUUCGACGACACGGUAUAUGCUCCAAGAGGCGCAGGUGAGCUGUGGGCCCCUUAG